CCAUGUCAGCUGCUGGGCAAGGCAGAACACCCACAGCUGCUAAAAGAUGGAGACAUCAUCAUUGGUGGGAUAUUCUCCUUCCACAAUAGCUGGGUGGAAACCCAGUCCACCUUCUCCAGCAAACCUGACCCACCAAAGUGUAAAAGUCUAAGCCUGAGAGAAUUUCAAAAUGCUCAAACUAUGGUAUUUGCAAUUGAAGAAAUCAACAACAGCACUGAUAUUCUGCCUGGCAUCUCUCUGGGGUAUAAAAUCUAUGACUCCUGCAGCUCUAUAGCACUGGCCAUAAGGUCAGCCAUGUCUUUAGUUAAUGGUUAUGAAGAAGCCAUAAUGGACACAAACUGCUUAACCCCAAAGACAAUUAAAGCCAUCAUAGCAGAAACAUCUUCAACACCAACUAUGGCGAUUUCAGCCUCCAUUGGGCCUUUGCACAUACCAGUGAUCAGUCACUUUGCCACUUGCGCUUGCCUGAGUGACAAAAAAAAAUAUCCCACCUUCUUCAGGACGAUUCCCAGUGACUACUAUCAGAGCAGAGCACUGGCGCAGUUGGUGAAACACUUUGGUUGGACAUGGGUGGGGGCUAUUUGCAGUAACAAUGACUAUGGCAACAAUGGGAUGGCCACAUUUAUGAAAGCUGCCACUGAUGAAGGAGUUUGUGUAGAGUAUUCAGAAGCCUUCUUUAGAACAGACCCCAAAGAAAAUAUCCUGAGAAUAGUGGACAUUAUAAAGAUGUCCACCUCAAAAGUUGUUGUGGCCUUCGUUUCCUAUUCUGACAUGGAAGUUUUACUGGAGGAGGUGGCCCUGCAGAAUGUCACCGGAUUGCAGUGGAUUGGCAGUGAAUCCUGGAUUUCUGACUCAAACAUUGCAACUGGAAAAUUUCAACACAUUUUAAGAGGAUCAAUGGGGUUUGCAAUUCCUAAAGCUACAAUCAGAGGUUUGAGAGAAUUUCUUCUCAGUAUCCGCCCAUCUUCCACUGUUCCCAUUUACACCGAACUGUGGGAAACUAUAUUUGGCUGUAAAUUCCACACAAGAGAAAAUUCAGGAUUCAGGGAUAUGUGUACUGGGUCUGAGCGUUUGGAUGACAUAUACAACCAAUAUACAGAUAUAUCAGAAUUGCAAAUUGCAAAUAAUGUCUAUAAAGCAGUUUAUGCUGUAGCUCAUGCACUAAAUAACAUGGCAGCUUGCACACAAGGAAAUGGAAUUAAUAAUCUAUGUGUAAAAAGAGCUGAAAACAGUGAGAACUGGCAGGUUAUUAAUUAUCUUAAACAAGUUAAAUUUUCAAUGAAAACUGGUGAGAAUGUCUUCUUUGAUGAAAAAGGAGACCCUGGAGCAAAGUAUGAAUUGUUGAACUGGCAAGGUAAAGACGGGAAGACUGAGUUUAUGGUAGUGGGCUUCUAUGAUGCCUCUUUGCCUCCCCAGCGGCAGCUCUCACUGAACAACAUCAGCAUCAUCUGGAGGCAGAAUCAGUACCAGGUGCCAGUGUCUGUGUGCAGUGAGAGCUGUCGCCCGGGUACACGUAAGGCCGUGCAGAAAGGAAAGCCUGUCUGCUGUUUUGAUUGCAUUCCAUGUGCAGAAGGAAAGAUAAGCAACACAACUGAUUCCAUCGACUGCAUCAACUGUCCAGCAGAAUUCUGGUCGAAUAAACUCAGAGAUAAAUGCAUCUUAAAAAUCACAGAAUUCUUAUCCUUUGAGGAAAUUAUGGGAAUAUUGUUGGUCAUAUUUUCAUUACUUGGUGCUUUUUUAACUGGCUGUGUUGCUAUAAUAUUCUUCAUACACAAGGACACACCCAUCGUCAAAGCCAAUAAUUCUGAGCUGAGCUUCCUGCUGCUCUUUUCCCUGACCCUGUGUUUCCUCUGCUCACUCACUUUCAUCGGCCGACCCUCUCACUGGUCCUGUAUGCUGCGCCACACGGCGUUUGGGAUCACCUUUGUCCUCUGCAUCUCUUGUAUUCUGGGAAAAACAAUAGUGGUGUUAAUGGCCUUCAGGGCUACACUCCCAGGCAGUAAUGUCAUGAAAUGGUUUGGACCUUCUCAGCAGAGGCUCAGUGUCCUUGCAUUCACUCUCAUACAGGUGCUAAUUUGUGUGCUCUGGUUGACAUUAUCCCCUCCUUUCCCCUACAAGAACACGAAGUACUACAAAGACAAGAUCAUUCUAGAGUGUGAUGUGGUCAGCAGUGGGCUUCUGGGCUGUGCUGGGGUACAUUGGUCUCCUCUCUGCCCUGUGCUUUGUACUGGCUUUUCUGGCCAGGAAGCUGCCUGACAACUUCAAUGAGGCCAAAUUCAUCACCUUCAGC